UUUGAAAUGAGAGAGUGAGCGAGACCGCUGAACAGUUUGCAGAUAUGAGACGUACAUGUGGUGCGUACUGAAUUUGUUUUGAAAUGGUCACGCAGCGGAGAGGGAACCCAAAAGUUAAUGGCGCAUCCGCUAUAGAGAAAAAAAUUAAAAGGGGAAAUGCACAGAGACAGGCCUCUGGGUGGAAAUGGACAGCUGGCUCGUUGUUGUGGUGUGCAGCUCUAGCUGUGUGCGUCGUCGCACUGGGUUGGUGGUACUUUACUCUGGACGAAGACGUCACCGAGACACUGGUCUCACGCAGAGAGCUACUUCAGCAGCCAAAGGUCUUCCUUGUGCAGUGCUCGGAGGAUUAUGAGAAUUACAAGCGUUUCCCAGGCUGCACACCUCAGUCAUGUGGAAGAGCGAUCACCGACACUGUGGUCACCAAAGAAGAAGCGCUGACCCUCAGGCAGCUUGCUGAAAGAGGACUCUCUUUGGGUGGAUCUGAUGGAGGGGCCUCUAUCCUUGACCUGCACUCAGGGGCUCUCUCCAUGGGGAAGCAAUUUGUUAACAUCUACAAGUAUUCUGGAGAUAAAAUCAAAGAUGUUUUUUCAAAAGAGGAUUUUGAGCUCUACAGAGACGUGCGCAGCCGCAUCCAAAGGAGGAUUGCUGAGACGUUUGGUGUGGACUCCUCUCACAUGUACCUCACCAAGCCCACCUUCUUCUCCCGCAUCAACAGCACUGAAGCCAAGACCGCUCACGAUGAGUAUUGGCACCCUCACAUUGAUAAGGUGACGUAUGGCUCAUUUGACUACACAUCAUUACUGUACUUAUCUGACUAUGGGUCAGACUUUGGUGGUGGUCGUUUCAUCUUCAUGGACGCCAGUGGGAACCGAACAGUGGAACCAAGAGCAGGACGGGUGUCCUUCUUCUCGUCUGGCUCGGAGAACCUGCACCGCGUGGAGAAGGUGACCUGGGGCACCCGCUACGCCAUCACCGUGUCCUUCACCUGCGACCCUGACCAUGCCAUAGACAACCCCACCCUCCCUUAGGGCUGCGCUGCUCAGGCCAGGCUAGUCAGAGCAGACCCUCAUUGGCUGGCAGCACCACCGGAGCAGGGGUCACCACAUGGUAACAGCACAGAAACAGAACUGGGCAGCUGACACAGGCAGCUUGAAGUUUAAAGCCUUGGCUAGACAUUGCAGUUUGCUUGACUACUUUGCCUCAGUGUCAGCCUGAGUUCUGAGUUAAUGCUGUGAUGAAUAAGCCUUUUUAAAGACAUUUUUUACAUUCCAGUUACUUCACAUUCCUGAUUUGAUCCACCAUCAAAAUAGCUGUAUUAGAUCAUUUCGUCUACCUACUUUCACAACUGAAUUGGCACUUUAAUUUAUAUAAUUAUAACCAUUCUGACAGGAUUUUCAUAUGCAAAGAAUAUAAAGUUAUUGGCAGGUAUUCACACUGAAAGAUGAUGUUGCCUAGUUGUGAUGUGGUUUUCUUCCAUUGAAAAAAAAGAAUUCCUCUCCUGUGGAGAACCAUUUUUAGGCAUUUUUAUCCCAUAGGAUGGUGACCGGUCUUUUCCCCUGGGUUGUGAUGCCCCUUACCCUAUACCAUUAAAUGUUCCUAAUUAUGAA